AUGACUACAACGUUAAGUUCGGAAUCAGCUAAUUGGAUUUUACCAUCUGUUCCAACAACAUUAAUAUCAACAAUACCAAAUUAUGAAGAAUCCUUACCGAUUCGUGUUAAUCAUGACGGUAUACAAAAUUAUAUUAAAAAUCGUGGUACUUUAAAUUUAACUAAAUGGGCGAUUGAAGGUAAAAAAAUGUCAACAGAACACGAUAGUUUCCCAGUACCGCCACCUAAAGUAUUUGGAUCUGAUGCAAUGCGAAAUUAUACACAAAGUCGUGGUUCAGCACCAAAUCUUAUUUAUGGUAAUCUUGACCCACCUAAUCCUCAUCAUCAUUUUCGUGUUAAAAGAGAAGGUCGUGCUAAUUAUGACAGAAAUCACCAUACACAUAUGAAAACAUUAUUAGAAAGUUAUGGAAAAUUACCUGUACCUGCACAACCAAUGCCUCAUAUAAAAGGCGAAAUGGCUUCUAAUCUCUUUUAUACACAUCAAAAAGGUUAUAUGGGUCAAAUUAUAAAUAAUUAUGGUAAUCUUCCACUGUCACCAAAACCAGUACCACAUGUAAAAGGUGAUGCAGCUGAAAUGAAUUUGCAAAAUAGUUAUGGGCAUUCACAUAUACUUGAACAUAACAUUCAUAAUCGUCCACCAUCAGUAGAACCACAUGUGAAAGGUAUUCAAGCACAUUUAAAUUAUGAUAUGGGACGAGGUCGUCUUGUUGAUAAACUUUUUCAUGAAUAUGGCAAGUUACCAAGAUCUGCUCGAACUGCACCAAAAGUUAAAUUUGAUGGUGUUCAAAAUUUCAAUCAAGCUCAAGGUAUUGCAAUGCGUAAAACAAUAUCACAAUGUCCACCAUCAAAUCGUCAUCUCGAACGAUCACAAUCAGUACUAUCAUGA